ACAACUCUUAGUUUGGGACUGAUUUAGAAGAGCUGGUAGGAACAGAAUUAGUAUCUAGGGACUGGGUGGCUCCAAAUCACUCAUUUAUGGGGGAUCAAGGAGUCGGGGCUAUAUUCUAGUCCGCUCAGGGUCUGGAGAUCAUCUACCCAGGCUGGAACUACUGGAGCAGGUGAGGACCCAGGGCCCUGGAAGAACUAGUCCAGGGCACUGAAUUCCUGGUGUGUCCCCAGAGCAGAGCAUGACCACACUCCUGCCUUUGCUUCUGGGCCUCAGCCUGGGCUCUGCUGGAGAAGGUGGCUUUAUAGCCCAUGUGGAAAGCACCUGUCUGUUGGAUGAUGAUGGGACUGCAAAGGAUUUCACAUAUUGUGUCUCCUUCAACAAGGAUUUGCUGACCUGCUGGGAUCGAGACAAGUCCAAAAUGGUCCCUCUUGAAUUUGGGGCACUGAAUCCCUUGGCCAAGUACCUCUCAGAGUUCCUCAACCGUCAGGAAUCCGUGCUUUCCCGCUUGUCUAAUGGACUCCAGGACUGUGCCACACAUACCCAGUCCUUCUGGGGAUCACUGACGCACAGGACACGGCCACCAACUGUGCAAGUAGCCAAAACCACUCCUUUUAACACGAAGGAGAGUGUGAUGCUGGCCUGCUACGUUUGGGGCUUCUAUCCAGCUGAUGUGACCAUCUGGUGGAGGAAGAAUGGGCAGCCUGUCCCUCCUCACAGUAGUGACCCUAAGAUGGCCCAGCCCAAUGGAGACUGGACAUAUCAGACUGUCUCCUAUUUAGCUACAACCCCUUCUUAUGGGGACACCUACACCUGUGUGGUGGUGCACAUUGGGGCUCCUGAGCCUGUCUUCCAGGACUGGACACCUGGGCUGUCCCCGAUGCAGACACUGAAGGUUUCCGUGUCUGCAGUGACUCUGGGCCUGGGCUUCGUCAUUUUCUCUCUUGGUUUGCUCAGCUGGCGGAGAGUUCACUCCUCCGGCUACAUUUUCCUCCCUGGGGCCAGUUAUCCAGAAGGUCAACAUGUCAGUUAGAGGAAGAGACCUACACCUUCUAUACCGCAAGCGAGGAGAUUCAGAGUCUUAGUGAUGCUGCUGUGUCCCCCCAACAUCGUCAGACCCUACACAUUUUCUUGGAUCCUAUGGUUUCUCCAUCCGGAUCUUUGAACUUCCCAGCCCACCCUGUGUACACCUUAGCACGCUAGGGGAACUCAAUCCUGGGAAUAUUGUGUAAUCAAGUUAUUGUCCAAGGCUAACUAUAUUUCUGG